AUGGAUACAACAAACCAGGAACAAAACCUGCAAGCUCUCAUUAAUGAGGCAGUCAAUGUCUCAGUCGAGAAAACCCUGGCUCGGGUGUUGCACUCGAAGCCCAAAGAGAAACUCCAGCCCAAACCUAAGCAGAGGAUUCAGACUCCUCUAGGGUUGAGCAAGCCAGACCUCACAAACGGUACUGAAAAGGGGAUGGACCUGAACCCAUCAACCGUAAACGGAAAGCGCCAGCCAAGUGCCCCAGGUGUACAGACGCAAAGGAGAAACUCACUGUUUAUCCUACCUUAUCGGUCAUGGACGAAUGGAAAGCAUUCAGCCUCCGAUGAAGAGCCCGACUGGCCAGAUGCUGCCUUUGGAGAG